AUGAAGUCCUCGAGCCGUACCACCUGUCAUACAACAGACCGGCCCAGCAAUCCCGUACACAGAUUAUCAGAAGUAGUACCGCGAUUCCAAACACUUAACUUUUCCUCGGCGGUAAAUCAAGCCAAAACAGAAGAUCGACGAGGUCAACUCCUCGAGCAACUAAUUAAGCAAAGAUAUGAAGGACAGAUUGCUGAGGAAAACAUUAGCUUCAUUCGUGAUUCGUUCACCAGCUUCAACGAUAAAAUCAAAGAGCUUCACAAGGGUACCGGUGUGCGAGCAGGUUCGAAGAAAUGGGGCAAGGAUCUGGUUUUUGAGAAUGGUACGAAUUCCGAAGUGGAUGACGAAAUGGAGGCCAAGGUUGAUGAUGUCGAAUAUGGUGACAACAAUAGUAAUGGGGGAACUGUAUUCAGUCGACUCACUACUCAAGAAGAAGAAGAUGAUGAGGAACACUGGCGCAAAACAGUGACCGCUCUCCCACAGCACACAACGAUCACCAGUUAUUAUGUAGAGAUGGGCUACCAGAUGGCUCCUGCCUCGCGAGAGGGGAAAUCCGAAGAACAUAGUCCGCAACUUCCUUUAGGGGAAAACUCAAUUCAGGCCAAACCAAAAGCAAAGAAAUGGGUACCACGUAUGUCGACGAACAGGAGACCCGCAACACGAUUGCCAAAAAAUAUCAACUCAAAAUUCAAUAAUGCACAGCUAUACAACACAGAACCAUUUACCAAUACCAGAAUAAUCCGCAAUACAUCAAAAACAGAAGUAUCAUCACCUCUGUCUAGACCACGCUUUGGCCCCAAGCUACCACCUCGUUGUUCUUCUUGUUUGAUGAUGAGAAAGCUGUGUGAUCGCAAAAGUCCUUGUGGUAGAUGCUCUGCCAUGCGAGAGGUCAAGCAGUGUGUGCCAUAUUGGAGGGAUGUGUAA